AUGGACACCUCUACUCAGUAUAGGAAACGGCGCCAGAAGAAGGCUUGCGAUACUUGCCGUCGGCGAAAGGUGCGAUGUGAUAUCGCCAGCAAAGGCCGUGUCCCCUGCUCUGUCUGCGAAAAGUCCAGGCUUGAGUGCCGAUCUACCGCCCAAUGGGCACUGCCAAAGCGGGCUUCCAGAAUACAAGCACAGUCGGGAAAUGCUACUUCACAAAUCGGGCUUCGUGAGGCUCAUGGGCCGCGAGGUCAGGAUCCUGAGGGCGAGACAGAUACACGCAGGCGGCCACCACAUACAACCUCUAAUUGGGCCCGUAAUGAUGGCCCAAUGGAAAUUGGGAACUCAGAGACAAUAUCAGUUUUCCCAGUUGGUGGUUAUCCACCAGGCUCUAAUGUAGGGUCGACUGAGAAUAGGCAGAGCGAUGAGCUGGCCCGCAACGGGCUGGCACGCUUCUUUAAGCACGGAAUUGGCUCCGGGAUAUGGGCAGUUUUCGAUGCGAUGGAGCACUUCCGCGUAGCCUAUGUCGGAACAGCAGUUUCGAAUCUUGCGCAUCUCGUCAGUCUCCGAAGAACACUCCCCCGUCCGACCUCUGCCGGCUCAUUUUCCAAUGUCGACCGAACUGCAACAUCUGAUGACUCUCCAAGUGUAUCAAACGACAACCAAUCCCCCUUCUCACUGAGGACAAGUCCAAUGACUUCAAACCCGGCUGUGCAAUUGGAUGGCCAAUCUUUGCACUAUCCGUACCCUCCCAUUCGACCGAUAACGAAGUGGAAGCCAGACUCCACAGCGUGGGGACUGAGCUCUGUAGAGAACCUCACGGCAGACCUCUCUGCUUUUCCUGGCCGCGAAGUUCGCGACGCCCUUGUUGAUGCUUAUUUCCAGUAUAUUCACCCGUCUUUUCCUGUCAUCUCUAAACCGGAGUUCAUGACCAGAUAUUGGUCAACGGAAAACCCGCCACCACUACUGAUCUUCCAGGCUGUUUUACUGGCUGGGGCGCAUGCUUGCUCGCAUCCUCUCGUGGCCUCAAAUCGCAACGUGGUGAAAAGUGUCCUUUUUCGGCGCGCGAACACGCUGCUGCACCUCAGGCAUGAGACUGAUCGUCUGUAUCUUAUGCAAGCUGCCUUGCUGUUCACGUGGUACAUCGGUGAUGGUGACACGGUCUCCGCCGGGCCGUACUUCUGGACCGGCUAUGCGAUGCGUAUCGGAUGUGGUAUGGGAGUUCACAGGAAUAACGCGGCUCUCCCACUUAAGGAACGUUUGUUCUAUAAGCGGAGUUGGUGGUCCGCCUUUACCUGUGAAGUAUUCUCUUCGCUCGAGACCGGCAGGCCUUGUUCAGUGCGAGCUGAGGAUUUUGACCAGUCAUUGCUCACCGAAGAUGACCUCACAGAACAAUUCGACGGCACACCGAAGGCGCAGCCGGAUGAUGUGCCCCUGGAAUAUCACCUUCAUAUAAUCAACCUGGCAAUCAUAGCUCUUGACGUCCUAUCACUCAGUGCUCCCUCGCGAAAAGCGACACUGGAACUAGACGUCAUUGAUAACCGCUUGGCGCUCUGGUGUCUUGAGGCUGGCAUCUCUUCGUCGGCAGAAGAUGCUAUGUGGCCUUCGCUGCUGCGGAUGCAUUAUAACAUUGUCCUUCUUCACCUACAUCGUAGCGUUCCAUGCAACCCUACUAGUGAUAAAAUACGCACAAACGCUGCAGAAUCCAUAGUCUCGGCACUUGAACGUUUGGUAGUUCUUGAAGGGCUUGGUCACUGCCAAUUCACCGCAGUCGGGGGAAUCACGGCCGCUGGAAUUCAGAUCACCGCUGAACUCGGGCGGGCCUUCACAAACAAUACUGCGUUGGUCGCCAUAAACGCCUUAGGGCGGCUCAGGCGGACCAUUCGAUGCGCCAAAGAGUUGAGCCAUUUUUGGCCCAAUGCCGACGCAGUGUAUCAGGUCUUCUCAGAAUUACACACAGAGUAUGAAAUAUAUGUUACGCAGGGACUCCAAGGGGAGAGUGUGCGGACCAUAUCAAGUCAGCCAGACUGGAGCCUGCUGUUUGCAGAUUUUCCAUCCCUCGAUUUUGACUUGUUUGGCCCAAGCCAGCCGUGGAUGAGCCAACGGCCCUGGGAUGAACCUUAUGAUAUAAACAUGUAG